CGGUUUCUGCUUCGGUACAGGGGGGGUGGGGGAGACUCGUCAUGGCGACGUUUUGUGCAAACAAUGGAUUUGUGUCUGAGCGGUGCAUGGACUCGGCGGGGAAUCGCUGUCUGUUUCGGUGGAGACCCCCCUCCCCCACAUGGGUGUCUGUCGUCGCUGAAAAGGUUGACCGGAGGUGUGUAUCGCUGAUUGCAACUUGCCACUUCCACAUGUGGACCAUCGUAUAGCCUAUUGAACCAACGUUGGAUACCAAUGAGUAAUGACAGUAUUUAAUCAGCAAAGACAUUUUGGCUCUUGGAUUUGUCUUAAAUAUGAAGUCAACAGGACUGCAGCAAAACUUCAUCUGGUUUGUGGAAAAUAAGACCAAAGAAGCGCCCAGUAGGCGUCUCUGUUGUGAGAAAUGCCGCUUCUCAACCAAGGACAUUGAACUGUUUGAAAGGCAUGUGGCUCAUCAUGAGGAGGUGACCUUCUCUUGUACCCUGUGCAGCCAUGUCUCGUACUCCAGAGUUGAGUCCCAACGGCACAUUGUCACACACAAAGGAUCAUAUCCAUAUAAGUGUAACUGGUGCUCCUAUGGAGCAGUCAGGAGGGACUACAUGGUAAAGCACAUUCAGAGAAUACAUGGGAAACCUGCGGAUGGAAGUUUUACCACUGACUGUACUAUACCCAAUGCAAAAAUUGAACAUCUAUCUCAACAACAAAUUACUGAUCUGUGCCCUGACAUUUCAAGAACAUCAGGUGAACCUAUACAAAACGUAAAGUUUGUGAGUCAUUCGGCUGGGAAUGUGUUCAGUCUACUCCCCAGUGUAAGUCAGCCUAGACCCAGUGCACCGUAUCUUGUUGUCAGACCUGUGCACCAAACAACCAGUAACCAGACCCAUCUGAUCUGCAGCACAGCAGCUCAGUCAGUUACCAGCACAACAUGCAUCCUUCCUGUUUCUAAGACUGUCAAUACACCUCACAGUUUGCCCAGCACAAGUCACCUUGUAAGUAAAGUUACACAAAGUGUCAGCAAUCCACCAAAUAUUACAGUGAAUGAAGUAGAUCAUAGACUUCCUGGAAAAACAUCCUUGGGAAAGGCCAGUUCUCCAAGUGCACUUCCCAGAGUUCACGUUAGUAUCCCUGCAGAUCGUGCAAUUCCACAAAAAACACUGCUUCAGAGUCAAGUGGGAGCUACUACUGAGAAGACUGUCAUUCAGUCAAGAACAGUUUCAAAUAGUCAAGUUGUUUGUAUCUCUUCAGAUCAUACCAUUCAGCAAAAUCCACUGCUUCAGACCCAAGAGGCAGCAGUUACAGAGAAGACAGUCAGUCAGUCAAAAUCAGUUUCUAAAAAUCAGAUUGCUUUCACUGUUGGAACCAACACCCACCUUAAGACACUUCUCAGCAACCCAUUGGAAUCGUUUGGUCAAAGGGCUGUGGAAGCCCAAAAUGUGCCGACAACUUUGCCUGCACAGAGGCCGGUUCAUACGGGAGUUAUACGCAACUUGCCAGUGGCACAUGCUGUACAAAGGUCUCUUCCAUCGGGGGCACAUCCCAGCUCACCAGUCGAGCGGUUUGGACAAGGAGCACCGUCCAUCACACUUCGCACUCAGUGUGCAGAUAAGACUAAUCGACGAAAAACACGUCCCAACAUCCUUGCGAAGCGACCUGCAGAGAAGCUUGAACCAAGUACACAGUCCAGUGUCCAAGUGGAAUUGCUAGCACCUUUAAACCAGCCGAUUGAACACAACAGACCUUUGACAGUGUCAUGUCCUGAAGAGAUUACCAUCCCUGCUGGCUGCCUUGUUGAGCUGGUGGAGGUGAAAAAUGUCAAUGGGACUCGAGAAUUGGAGCUUCGGCUAGUCCCACAGCAGCCCACUGGACCUCAACUGGUAAGUUCAAGGAGCACCACUCCAGAUAGUACAGCAAACAGACUGUCCUUUAAAUGUAAGGUUGCCCCAGGUGAUAAUGGACCAACGAGACUGAUCCAUGGCACCAGCAGCUUACAGACAAAUGCCAUUCCUGAGCCUCCGGUCAAAGGAUCCCAUCUAAAGGAGCAUUCUACGGAUGUCAAAGUUGGUGUGAAAGAUGAACCUGAGGUAAAAGUGCUAUGGUCCAAGAUCAGUGUUACAGAGACUCCAGGAUCUUUAAGUGGAGGGUUCUAUAAUGUACCAAGGGCAGUGGCUAGGCCUUUAGAAUCACAUCAACCAUCUACUGGACGCAAAAAUGUUGCAAAAGCUACAGAACCAGUUACUCCAGUGCGCCAGAUGCAUUGCAGAGGAAGUGCCACAUCCCAAAGUGCAAACAGUGUGAAUGGUACAGUUGAAGGUCCUGUGAAUGAACACCGUGCUACUCGAGUCUCACUAAACAAACAUGAGGAUGUGGAAUCUAGUUAUCAAGGCCUUCCUGUGAUUUCAUCAGUUUUUUCACUGUGCCCUAGUCCUGAAGCAACUUUGAAUGGCAUCCACACCAGAGUAGGGAUUUUAGAUGAACAUGUAGUGGGGGUCCAGACAUCAUCAGGUUCAGAGUCAAAAAAAACUGUGGCAAAUGAUUCAACAGUAUGUAAAACUGACUUGAAAACAGAGGAAGAAACUGGCUUAAUGACUGAAAACAAUCCAAAAUCUAGCCUGAAACUGAAAGAGAAGGACUGUCUUUUAGAAGACACCAAAGUACUAGAUGCCGUAGUACCUGAAAAGAGAGACAAUGCUGAGAAGAGUCCCCCAAAAUUUCCAGAUGAUCCGAAGGACAAAAUUAUGCCAGAAAUGUGUAGUUCUUCAACAGAUACUCCACAGACAGAUGCAGAUCAAUCACUGGAGAUGAAUGUUUCACCAUUGAACAUUAACGACUUUUCCCCACAACGUGAGGAAAGGGAGCAAGCAUCCAUGUCAGAGAGCAAUGUACUUGUGCAGAGGGAAGGUCACCCUGCUUUGCCAAUGAAUCCUACAGUAGCUUUGGCCAGGAUUCCAAGUUUGGAUUUCUAUUCACUUGUAGAAUCUGCAAAGAAGGUUUCAAAGAGAGCAACUGGAGAAGAAAGCAUAACAGCCAGACCUGUUCUUUGCUGUACGUCAAACCAGCAAAAUGUGCAAGAGAGAGCCAUUAAGCUAGUUUUAAAGAGGAAACGCUCUGAAAGUGAAAACAGGGAUUCAGGUCAAGUACCACAGCCAGUAUUGGCACAGUUUGCUGUACAAUCUCCAUACAAAAAACAUAAAAAAGAAAAGAAAAGCGCUAAGAAACAUAAAUCCUCUAAGGUCAUGUUGGGUCUCAAUGAGAUCUUGGUGAAAGGUAAAAUAGGAAAACUGUGGUUAACCCCGUUAAAAGAAGAUCAGCUUGUCAAACUUCCAGCACCAAACCAACCCGUGGUGGUUCUUAACCUUCCAAACUCCCUACUCCAGAUGGUCAGUCAAGAUGUUCAGACUCAAAAGAAUUAUGAGUUGGUUUCUCCAUCCCAUAGCCCCCAUACCCAGACUGAAGAAGCCACUCCUGCUGAACUUGUGACGCAGUGUCCCUCAUUCAAAAUGAAACUGAAGAAAGUCCAGGGUCGGAAAUAUGAGGUCACUGAACUUGUUCUUAAGGGCGUCUCAGAAAAAAUGAUCCUGUGAAAAAGUUUGUAAACAACUUUGUUUUUACAGUAUUUCCUGUCCACUUGAUGUCUUUUAUGACCUUUCAGUGCACUACUAUAGCGCAUACUGUUAUUACUGUCAAACGCUGCUUAAAGGACAAAAACCCUAGACGGGACUGCUUACUGGAGUGACUGUCAACUUUCAACUUUGUAUAUAUGUGUACAUAACCUGCGGUACAGUUCCCCCUCCAGUCUUUUUAUAUAAAAAUGUUUGUUUUAAAGUUUUGCAAGUGUACACAAGGACUGGUAACUGAAAGUUUUCAGUCAGCUUAUUGUGGUAUUCAACUACUACUUUAGACAUUCCACUACAGAGUAUUUCUACAAUGUCAGUGUCACUACAUUUGCAAACUCUUUGAUGACCCUUUGUUUGGUGGCCUACCUCAUCUUGUUGAACGAGUGCCAUGUAUGAUAUGUAUUUUAAAAUGGUGUCACUAUUUUAGUUGUUCAUUGGGUCAAAGGUAUGAGUGUUAUCAGCCCUGUUUUUGUAAAAUGUGCCAACAUCAAUGUCAGUGGGACCAUCAGUUGGAUGUGAAAGCUUUUGUUUGCAGGAUGGUCUGCAUGACAAAUUCUUACUCCAGUGUUCUGUAUAUGAGAAUAUGGCUAUAGAGAAAGUAUAGGAGAGAUGCAGGAGGGCUGCAAAACAGUGGAAGCACCAGCAAGUAUGUAUAACAGUAAAAGUUUGGGCUGCUUGUUCUUUCAGAACAGCUUUGUUUUCUUAGACUCUUUUAUUCCUUUCUUGAGAGUAGGUGGCUGUUGAAUGUAGGCUUGGGCAGUGUGAUGAUAUCAUUAUUGGGAUAAAUAACAUCACAUUAGUCACAAUGUGCUUUUCAGGGCAUAUCAUGAUUAUUGCCAGUGCUUGAAGAAUAUAGAACAACUACAUUUCAUUACAAAGAGGGCACAAUUGUUGCAUGUUCCAACUUAUAAAACCUCAGAAAAACAAAAUAAAAUAUGAUGCACAUCUUGUAUCAUGAAAACCAAGUAUGGUGAUUAGUGCUAGGUAUCGAAAUUCAGUGAAUUGGUACUGAGCAAAUUAAUUCACAAAUUUUAGUAUCUAUUUCAAUAGUAGUCAGUGAGCCAGUAAACAUGCUCGUUCAGAAAUCUUUAUCUGUAUGCAUGUUAUUAACAUUGGCACUACUUGAUUUGCAGACUAAUCCGUUAUUGUCAGUAAACAACCAGCACAUAUUUCUUGUUUAAGCCACACCCACUUCUGCUUUGUUAUUUAAAUGAAAUUUCUUUCAGAAAUCUGUAUAGUAGUAUAGGUGUUGGUGUUUAUAUCGGUAUCGAGUAUUUCAGUAUGAUACCCAACCCUAAACGUGAUGUCAUCUUGCCCUCCCCUAGUAGAACAUAGCAGAAGUGAAUAUUGGUAUUGAAAUGAAUUAGAAACCCUGUGCAUUUUUGUUUAUGACCAUGGUUUUCUACCAUUUUGUUUUGACCAUGAAGGCAGAGGAGCAAUGUAAACGAACACAAAAUUAAUAGAGCAACGUCUGAAAAAAAAUCUUUAGUGGUAGGUAUUAUCAUAGUGGAAAUUCUAUUGUAUGUUUGGGAUGGAAAAAACCAAACCUAAGGCACAUCUAAGCAAUUUUUCUUUUCUAUGUCCAUGUUGGUUUCACAUUCCCAUGUUGUGCCCAGCACAUACAUAUUUAAGGGCAAUGCAGUGUUCUAUUCAGUCAUACAUUUGCUCCAUCACUGAUUCCUGUACAAAUGUAUAUACUGUGACAACUGGCACAGAACUUUUGAUAUUCGUGUUCUUUAUUGGACAUUUUGUACCUCAAAGCCCUAAUUGUACAUAAUUGAGAGGAGAUGAAGGUUCUAAGGGUUGAAUUCAGACUGUGGUUUCAUUACUGAAUUGUUGUUUGGUUCUUUGAGUGCCUUAAAAGGAGCAUUUCAUAUCCACAAUUUAACAGAAUCCCUUUUUGUAAAGUAAGUCUAGGGGCAGCAAUGUUCCUGUCUGUCUUUCUUUUGAUGAAGGUCACCUGACUGCUAAUUCUUAAUCCUAUAGCUGUACGAUGUGGCAAGAAAUGUUGACCAAAUUGUUAUAUCCAUGCUCCAUCUACAAAUGUGUUCAUUAUUAGCAACUGUUUGGACAGGUUUUAAAGCAGAGGUGCCCAAAGCUUCUGUCCCAGGGGUUCUCGCACUACAAUACCCAGCAUGCUUUACGCAAAUACAUUAAAAUCACCAUUUGGAAUCUUCCCCACUGGAAUAAAGCAAUCCUGUAGCUGUUACUUACUAAUGAGUUGUUCUAUUUGCAUUGUGGUUAGUGACUAAUAUUGGUGUCCUAGAUUUUUGAAAAUUUGAACACUGGUCAUGAAAAGUAUUUAAAAAUAUAUCUUAGAAACAACAACGAUGCACAUCUUAGGGCAACUUAGGGCAACCGUCUGGUGAGCCAACUUUGGUUCACCUUGGGCAGCAAAAAUACCAUUUCAUGUAAUAAGAAAUUGUAGCAUGCAACUCAAAACAUGUAAAUUAUUCAGAUUGGACUGCUAUAUUGUUUAUUUAGAGUUGCUAAGUAACUAGGUUUUUGUUUUGAUGAGAAUCAACACUAGGCAGGCUGUAAAUGCAAAGAAUUUCCUAUCAUGCUAACAAUAGCUUGAUUACACAACAAAAACAAAGACUACAUGCGCUCUGUUCUAAUAGUAACCCUACAACAUGCAUAUGAAAUAAUAUUAUUUAAAAUUAAAAAUGCUCUGAAUUUGCAUGUUUUGACAAAGGCUCAUUGAGUUGUGCUGUACAAUUUCUCAUUGGGUUGAAUGGGAUUUUUGCCAGCAUUCUGUGAAGGUUGUCCAGUCCUGUAGCAGUUGCUAUGAAACAGCAUAUUUGUAGGUGUAGCACAAAUAGGUCAGUUCACAGUUAGGAAGGAACCACAUGAAUAUACCAUCAUAUCCUUUCUUUGACAUUCUGUAAAUGAGAAAUGAGGAAAUCAGAGACCCAGGCUGACUAAGAAGUUAUGAGUUUGACUUAAAAUACUUUAAUGGGAAUUUGUUUGUAAAUACAUUGCUUUGUGUUUAAAAAACAUCAGUGUAUUUGUGUAAUGUUUUGACUCAAUAAAA